AUGGAGCUGUCAAUAAGAAUUCUCAAGGCAAUCACUUUAAUUUUGGGAACAAUAUCUGGAAUCUCAAUUAACUCAUCGAUUGUCGCUGAAUACUGCAGAACCUGGACCCUGCAGCAUCAACCUGGUGUCUACAUUCUCUUCUCCACAGUGGUGACCAACCUCCUCCUGCAGUGCUCCGUCACGUUUGAUGGUUUCCUAUACACUUUUGAAAAUUACAUGAUAUUUGUACAUGAAGUCUAUGUAACGGACUUCACAAUCCUGUAUUUUCUAAUAGAACUGAGUUUCUGGAACACCGCCUGGCUCUCCGUCUACUACUGCCUAAAACUGCUCAACCUUCCAUAUCGCUUCUUUUUCCAGAUGAAGCUUCGUUUCUCCACCUUUGUUCCUCAGCUGCUCGUAGGAUCGGUCAUAGGCACACUUCUUAUUAAUGUCCCAUUCCUCUGGACCCUACAGAUUACAAUUCUUCCCAAUAUGACUGACUAUAAGUUUUCUACGUUUUAUCCUCACACCAUCUUUAACACAAUAUUUGGGUGCUGCCUCCCCUUCCUUAUAACAUUCACCUCGAUUGUGCUCAGCGUCAGUUCUCUCCUCAGUCAUAUCACGAAGAUAAAGAGUCCUGAGAGUCACUUCACGAGGCCUCAGCUAAAGGCCCAUAUGGGGGCAGUGAGAACAAUGGUCACACAUCUGGUUCUAGACUUGAUCCUAUGCUUGGUAUCUACUGGUUUAUUGAUAUCACAGCAAACUUUAGGGAUAAUGAUGGACACAGCCUGCUGGAUAUUCCUUAUGGUCUAUUCUACUUUCCAGUCCAUCAUAUUCAUUCUAGGAAAUCCAAAACUAAAGAAAAAGUUAUUUAUUUGUAAAAUAAUAAGGCAAAACUGA